CGAGACGUUUUUGACAUAAGCGAACAUAACCUAUAACUUGAUGCCGUCUAAUCACACAAUGUUUAUUGCGAUGUUUCAAUAAACACAGAGCGACCUUGGUGAUUAUCAAUUGCAAAAAUUGCUUUUACAAUGGACGAAUUCGGUUUAAAUAGAGACGAUAAGUUCGUGGACAUCCACGGACGUGAAGUACCUACUAGAAAGUUAGGUAUCAGGCAGGAAGAAGUGUGUUUGUUGUCUGAUUUAAAACAGACCGGAGUCGGUAUUUAUCAAAAAAGCCAGUAUGCAAAAUUAGCCACAGUUCCCAAAAAUUACGACUCUGAAUUCCUUGACUACAUGCUGGACGCGGCUAAAUCCUACAUGCUAGCCAACAAAAUAUCGUUUGCGGAGGAGCAGAUCAUGCACAGCAUUGAGCAUUGCAAGGCGUACUUAAGUAGCAACAAAAAACCGCAGCAUCAAGUCAGUCGCCAGUCCAUCCUAAACAACAGAAUAGUGAAAACAGGAUCUGAUGAAGAAAUACUCAUUCAAGUGCCUAACACAAGUGCGCCCAAAUCCCCACACACACCUAAAAUGAAAUCACCAUUACACAAAUCUCGGGUCACUAGUGAACAGGCACAAAGAAGAGUCCAUGAAAGGGGUACUCCUCCGCAAGCAACAACAUCACAAACAAGAGACACACUAAUGAAUGGUGUGGUGCUAAAGCAAGCAAGGAGUUUUAGUGCAGCUGAAGAUGGGCAAAGUGUCCCUAGAUUACGACAACCUAGCAAAAUUACUUACAACAUUAUACAGGAGGAACACGAUGUAAUGGUGACAGCUAUUGAUAAACCCAAUUGUGUUUGGGUGAGGGACGUCAUGAAUAACGCGCUAUUGGAGAAGAUUCAUCACAAGGUUAACGAAGAGGCGCGGUACAAACCAGCCGCACCCAAACCGUGGGUCAUGGAUAAAGUAUACAUGGCCAGGGACGAAAACAACUGGUUUAGAUGCAGAAUCUAUCGCUACUGCCCCCUCACCGCUUUUUUCCUCGACUACGGCAACGUGGCCGAAGUCAACGAAGUCCGCGAAGUCUCAGAAGAACUGGCGAAAACCCCGUGCUUGGCAGUUCGCAUCACCUUCAAAGACAACGAGUACAAACCAGUAGUGGAAGACGUCAUCCGCAUAAAGCGCUUCAUGAAAAACAGCGACGGCACGUUUUUCGUCAACAUUUUAAGAAAUUCGUUGAACGCCGCAACGCCAAUGUUGAAAGAAUCAUCAUUCACAAAUCUCGUCGAAAAACCCGACUACAAACGUGAAAAUUCCGUUGUGGAGUCACAUGAUAGCGACGGCUGGGAUUCGCCCGACGAGUUUCCGACGUCGCAGAAACGUGCCGAAGCGACGUUUUUCAAAAAGCCGCCGUUUUUCUGCAAAGUGGAGAACGACCAAAGGGUCACUAUAAGUCACGUCAAGGACGACGUGAUCUACUUGAAAACGAAAGAAUGUUUCGAGAAAUCGAGAGAGAUAGACGACGUGAUUGAAAAUUAUGCUGGAAAGGCGAAGAACGUGCAGAGGGUUGAAGUUGAUCAGUUGGUGUUGUAUGAAGGUGAAGAGGGUAAGUUUUAUCGAGCUGUGGUGGUGAAAGUGGAGGAUAAGAGGGUUGAAAUUGAGACUCUGGAUCAUGGGGAGUGGAAAAGAGUGGCGCUAACAGCUCUCAAAAAUAUCAGUGAAGAGUUAAGUAGAGCACCUAUUACAUAUUUUGUGGGAGGGAAGUUAGCAGGGUUUGAACAAGGACUGGGUGAUUGGCAGAAGAAAAUUAUUGAAGAAUAUGCAAAAAAGAGGAAGAAAUUUGUAGUUUCGCUGGGUUUCGACGACGAAUUGGAUUUAUAUGACGGCACACAACUCCUCUCUGAGGAGUUCCAAAACAUUAAAAAAGAACCGCGCAAAGUCAUGCUCAAAGACGUGGAAAUCUACAAGCCUGAAGUAGGCACAAAACCAUACUUCUGCGGUUUUUACAAAAGUAGUAAUGAAGUCACUUUUGUGGCUAGCGAUGCUUUAACCACACACAUGGACUUGGUCACAAGAUCAGACGUUGAAGACAGAGUUCCUUACAGUCCAGCCACAGGAGAAGUUUGUUUAUGCUACUACUUAGAUCAUUGGUACCGCUGCGUCGUGAUUCGAAUCUUCGGAAAAAACUGCGAAGUCGUCUUACUAGAUUUUGGAAGAGUUGAACUGAUAAACAAGGAGGAUUUGAGGAAGCCUGACGAAAAAACAACGGCGAUUCCGGCUUUAGCAAUACCCUGCGUUUUAGUAGGCUUGCCACAACAUCCCAAUAUUGAAAAUAUGCUCAAGGACUUGAUUCUCUAUGGCGAAUUCUACAACGUGGAAGUAAAAAGAAUCAGCGGGGGUAAAUGCGAUGUGGAAGUUCCAGCUGUUUAUAAAAAAAUAAGGGAUUCAGCAUGAUUUUAUGUAGGUGUAAUUGUUUAACUGCUGCUUUUUUAUGUAUACUUACUUUGAGAAUUUGAAGUAGUCAUACGUUAUGUACUCGUCCAAGAUGGUUUUAUUGUAUCAAUAGAAAAUACAACAGAUCUGAUGCGGUUUUAUGUAAAUUUCGACUUCUAAUAAUAAAACGUGCGUUGAAAUAUG